AUGUCAUCCACAACUAAAGCUGAUGUUUCUAGAAAGAAUACCUUUUCUUCUAAGGUGAAGAAAUUGUUUGGUUCAAAACAAGCUUCUACCUCCACCAACACAACCGUAUCCCCAACUCCAGUUGGAACUAAUACUAAGAUUCACAAUAUUUAUGGUUCUAAGAAUGCUAAUAGGUCUGUCGAUGACUAUAAUAAUGCAAAGAGUGUUAAUUCUAAUUCACCAACAUAUUCUCAUUCAUCAGAUUUUUCUUUAUCCAAAAAAAUUGAUAGAUCUUCAAAGGGUUCAUCUUCAAGGUCAUCACUAGAUAGAGAUUCAAUAGGAUCUGAUAUUUCAAAUCAAAACUUGGUUACAGGCACUGCUAAUAAUGGAAUCAAUCCAUUAUCUCCAAUGAGAUCCUUACAAACUUCUACUGUUACUGCUUCAUCAAUUACUCAUUCUCAUGGUGAAAAAUAUUUACCUCAUAUUAUUACUAACUCAACUAAUAAUACUGCUGCAACAACGGAAAAAAAUAAAAGAGAAAUCAAUAAUAAUGGCUUACCUCUUACACCUGCUGCAAAUUCCAACUCAACAAAUGCAACUGCCACUCCAGGUAAUAAUUGUAAAAGAUUUAUUAUUCUAGAAAAUGGAAUGCAUGAGCAUCAUUUAAAAGCUGCAAAGAGACAAGAAAAAUUGACCUCCAUGCUGAAAAAUAUAAUAAGUUCACAAAAGACUAGAGGCGAUGCUAUAUCUGCUGUACCUGAUUUAAUGUCGAUAAGUAAUGCUCCACCAACACCUUUGAGUAGUGUCCCCACCGGUGCUUCUACAAUGACCGCUGGCAUGAGAAAUAUGGAUCCUCCAACAUUGAUGUCUGGCUUAUUAAAGAGAUUAGAGAGUAAAGAUAACAUAGCGAGAACCGGUAGUAACUCUACGUUGCCGUUGGAUAACAAUUCAUUGACACCUACCACUAACAUCGCAUGCGAGAAAGGAUCUUUGAGGUCAACUUCAAAUGAAUUAUCUGUAUCACAAUCGAACAAUAAUAGCUCUUCGAAAUCUAAAAUGUGUGAAAGAUUCGCUGAUAAAUAUGGUAAAUGUAUGGAAGUUGCCGGUAGAGGUGCUUUUGGUACUGUCAGAAUUUGCCAUAAGAAAUCCUCAAACAAACAAGAAGGUGAAACAUUAUUUGCAGUGAAAGAAUUCUUAAAGAAAAACAAUGAAUCGGCUGAAAGAUACAAAAAGAGGUUAACUGCCGAAUAUUGUAUUUCUUCUUCAUUACAUCAUACAAAUAUUGUUGGUACCAUUGAUUUAUUGAAAGAUGCUAAAGGUGAUUUCUUACAAGUUAUGGAAUAUUGUUCAGGUGGUGAUUUAUUCAGUUUGAUUGUCGCAGCUGGUAAAAUAGAAUACUUAGAGGCUGAUUGUUUUUUCAAACAAUUAAUCAAAGGUGUCGCAUACAUGCAUGAAAUGGGUGUAUGCCACAGAGAUUUAAAGCCAGAAAAUUUAUUGCUUACCUCUGAUGGUGUUAUAAAGAUUACAGAUUUUGGUAAUAGUGAAUGUUUCAAGAUGGCUUGGGAAAGAGAUAUACAUUUAAGUGGUGGUGUCUGUGGUUCCAGUCCAUAUAUUGCUCCAGAAGAAUAUGUUCAAGAAGAAUUCGACCCAAGGGCUAUUGAUAUUUGGUCAUGUGGUGUUAUCUAUAUGGCCAUGAGAACCGGUCGUCAACUAUGGAGUAUUGCCAUGAAGGAAGACCCAUUCUAUUCCAAGUAUUUGAAAGGUCGUAAGGAAAAAGGUGGUUAUAAGCCAGUGGAACAAUUGAAAAGAGCUAGAUGCAGAAAUGUUAUCUACUCAAUGUUGGAUCCUAGCCCAUCUAGAAGAAUUACAAGUAAACAAAUCCUAAACAGUGAAUGGGGUCGGGAAAUUAAAUGUUGUCAUGACAGUCAUGCAAUUAAGGUUUAA